CAGAGAGGACAAAAAUUAGAAAAAAAAAAAAAAAAAAGAACGCACAACAGAACAAAGACAAAGUCCCAAAAUCCAACUGUUCUUCUUCUUCUCUCUCCCACUCUAAAAAUCCUCCGCACUCAAAACCCUAGCUUUCUCCCCCAAUUUUCAUUUUUCCGAUUUUAUUUUCCAACAACAAUAAUAAUAAUAAUUAAUAAUCAGUUCUUUUAUUUAUUUCUCAUUUUUUAAAAUUUUUUUUCUGUUGAUUCCAUUUCUUGUUUUAAUUUUUAUUCCAUUAUUAUUUUCUGUUAUCAUCAUCUCUUUAAUGGAUCUCUAUUUAUAGCUCUGCAAUUCUGUGCAAUUUCAAUCUGUUUUUCUCCUUUUCCUGCAUCUCUUGACGAGAAAACUAAAAAAGAAAAGAGUUUGUUUGUUCUUGAAUUCUUUUUUCUCUGUUCAGCUGUCGAUUUCAAAUAAACAAAAUUUUAUAUUCUAUUUAAAGUUUUUCUAUUUUGCGAUUCUGAUUCUCUCAUGGCUGCGGUUGCUGAGAUCACUGGUGAGCCUGCAGCGGCUGCCGAUACUAACAAUAACAAUAAUAAUACCAACGCCAUCACCACCAAGAAUUUGGAUUCCGAUGCGAAGACAAAAUCGGAAUCCGAAUUCAAUGUUUACAAGCUUGUGGAUAUGUUCACAAAAUUGAAUCCUUUGGCAAAGGAAUUUUUCCCUUCUUCUUACAAUAACGAUAAUAAGACCCGAGACAAUCUUCAUCUCACUGAUUUUGCUGAGCCCAAUAAGCAAUCGGCCAAUGACAAUUUCCCUACUAAUCAAAGGAGAAGAAACAACUAUAACCAGGGGAAGAGGAGGUUGAAUGGGAGAGCUUAUAGAGCACAACGGGAGGAUAGUGUUAGACGAACAGUAUAUGUUUCUGACAUUGAUCAGCAUGUAACUGAAGAGAGGCUUGCUGGCUUGUUCAGUAGUUGCGGACAAGUUGUUGAUUGCCGAGUAUGUGGAGAUCCACAUUCAGUUCUCCGUUUUGCAUUUGUUGAGUUUGCUGAUGAGCAAGGUGCUAGAGCAGCUUUAAACCUCGGUGGGACAAUGCUGGGUUACUAUCCAGUUAGAGUCUUACCUUCAAAAACUGCCAUCCUUCCAGUGAAUCCUACAUUUCUCCCUAGGUCAGAAGAUGAGCGAGAGAUGUGUACCAGGACAGUAUACUGUACAAAUAUUGAUAAAAAGGUUUCGCAGGCUGAAGUGAAAAAUUUCUUUGAAUCGACAUGUGGUGAGGUUACUCGCCUGAGGCUUUUGGGGGAUCAGGUCCAUUCAAGUCGUAUAGCUUUUGUUGAAUUUGCCAGGGCAGAAAGUGCCAUUAUUGCAUUGAAUUGCAGUGGAAUGGUCUUGGGAAGCCAACCCAUCAGGGUAAGUCCAUCAAAGACACCUGUGAGGCCUCGGGUUACUCGCCCAACAUUGCAUUAAUUAAUCUUCAUGGUUUCAAUUCCGUGGAUGGAAUUUUGGUGAUAUUCCCAGUUGAGAGGAACUCCAUUGAGUUGAUGGGGUGGUGAAACUUUCUUUUGUUUCAGUGUUUUCCAUGUUUUCCGCCGGAACAGUGACUUUUUAUUUGUGAGCGAAACAUAUUGUAAACCUGCUUUAAAUUGAAGUUUUUAUACAAGACUGCCUCAGUGUCGAUUACUUUUA